GGCAACUCGCGCGCCGCUUGGUGUCAUGCCGGUGCAGCGCGCACGUGGGUUGGUAAAUUUUGUCGCCUCUUACCAGAGUAGUUUCGGUUGCCUGUAGUUUAUCAGAACGAUGAGUACAAAGCGCAAGGCUGGUGCCGAAAAACACGGCAAGAGGAAGAAGACUCACGCCAACACCUGCACCAAUAGUGCCACAAGUGUCCUGAGCCAGAAAUAUGAGACACCGCUUCAAUUUCUGGAGUUCCUGCUCACACCAUUGUCACUGCAAGCAUUCGUACAAAAGCACUGGGAGAAAGAGCCCUUUGUUUCUCAGAGGCAUCCCAGCCAGGCAGAAUUUUGGUCGCCACUUUUUGGGAAAGACCAUUUUUUUGCUUUGCUCAAAGAAAAACAAGUCUACUUUGUUAAGGAUGUUGCUGUGUGCAAGUAUGAAGGUGGCAAGAGGACAAACUUUGAGAGGCAAGGACGAGCCACAGAGGCCAAGAUAAGGAAGUUGUUUGAAGGUGACAAAGCCACCUUGCAAGUCCACCAGCCGCAACGAUGGGUGGAUGGUCUCUGGGAAGUCCUAGAGAAACUGGAGUGUUUCUUUGGCUGCCUAGUGGGAUGUAAUGUCUACAUCACUCCCCCAUCUGCACAAGGUUUGGCCCCUCAUUAUGAUGAUGUUGAGGUAUUUAUUGUCCAAUUAGAAGGUGAAAAAAGCUGGAAGCUUUACAAGCCACCUGUAGAGUUGCCUCGCACCUACAGCAAGGAUUUCAGUGCUGAUGAAAUUGGCCAGCCAACUCAUGAGUUUACGCUAAAGCCAGGAGACUUGCUGUACAUGCCACGUGGAACCAUUCACCAGGCUUUGACACCCGAGUCUUCAGGCACUCACUCCACUCAUAUCACCAUAAGUACUUACCAGAAUCACACAAUAGGCGACUGUCUUAAGAGUCUUGUACCGGAUUUAGUUGAUGCUGCUCAGGACUCCUGCCUGCAACUGAGAAAAGGCCUUCCCAUGCAGUUUCUUCCACAUUCAAGGCUAACCAAGGCUGACGUGGAGACUGCUCUUGAGGCCGUAUUGAAGUACGUUAAGAGCACCGAUGGUCCAAUGCCCAUUGCUGAAGAACUUGUCCAUGACUUCAUGCGUACACGGCUGCCUCCUUUUGGUGUGGACCGCCAGGCCAUAUCAGAGACAACACCAGAUGGAGAGGCACCGGGCCUGAACGAUCGCAUCAGGUUUCGGUACCCAAGCCAUGUGACAUACGUGGUGGAUGGAGACUUGAGCGAAGAGAACGAUGCAGCCAAUGAGUCUUCAUAUUCGCUUGCUGAACAACCUCUGCAGCAGAAUCAUGGUAAAAAAUUGGUUCUGCUGGUUACAUCGGUGUUCAAUGACAGGGAAAAACACAUGGUUUCUGCUAGCGAAGAAGAUGAAGAGGAGGAGGACCUCGAGAUUGCGAAGUUUCCUCUCCACUUUCUCAAUGCCAUUAAAAAGUUGUGUGGCAGCAACGAUUUUGUACACUGUGAAGACCUCAGCUUACCAUCUGAUGAAGACAAGCUUCUGCUGCUCACAACACUCUGGUCUCUACAUUUGCUAGAGGUUGAGGCAUCCGGAACGUAGAAUAAUAAACAUGUUAUG